AACUGAAACACGUUUUACUACGCGGGCGACAUUGAAUAUUGAAUUAUUUACAAAUUAGCAGAAUUUUCUUCUAUGUUAUGUUCGAAAGUGACGAUUGGAUUUUCGAAGUGAGUCUUUUAGUUGUACGAUCAUAUUAGAACUUAUUUGAGUAAUUUCUUUACUGUGUUUUUUCGUAUACAUUGCAUAAUUUUGUCAACGCACAAACGGGCAACCGGAUGCUUUCGACGAUGUCGAGGAGGAAACGAGGAAAAAAUUCCAUUCUCCAUGUCAAAAGGAAGAAACACCGUCUGUCAAACGGCGUAGAGUGUCGGUCAAUUGUGGCGAAGGCGGCGAAGUCUUGCCGUUCACGUCGACACAUAAUACUUGUUCUCAGACAUUACAAAUGGAUACUGUAGUCAAUAUCGAGGAUAACGAUCUACUUUCCAAGAAUAAGAACGACGUAUCACGAGGGGAUUUAUUGUUGGGAAUUUUCCAGAAAACCACUUCUCCAAGGACAUUUGACUUUGAGAAAGAGAUAGAGAAAGAUUUUACAGAGAUACAAAGGAAGACGCAACGUUUGCACUCUCAAGUGGAUGCAACUCCAAAGGUAUCACGGUAUAAAGAGUCUAGGGAAAAGAGUCGUGAGUCUAUGACUAAAGGAAAACUCGCAAAAGAGGUAAAAUUGAUUCGAAUGUUUCCUGGGCCAGCUGGCUUGGUACCAGAUGUAAAAAACGAUAAUAUCUCUGCUACUCUGUCUUAUCUUAGCAGUGUUGACCAAUUGGAAAAUAAAAUGGCCACCAAGAUAAAUCGGCGCAUCGAGAUCAAGUCCCAAGAUGAAAAAAAUUUGGCUGGAGAGAAAGCUUGGAAACUUUUGUUAAACGACCUACCAAAUAAUUUUUUACAGGAUUAUAAGAUAUCUGUUGUUAAAGACAAAGCGAAUGCUAGUCAUUGCGCUAGUAUGAAAGUAAGAUUUAUAGCAGGUGUAUUGGAGUACAUAGAUCAUAGUCAGGACGAUCCAUUUGUAGUAUUAAAAGAUACAACUGGUAGUAUAGAAGGCACUAUUCAUCGUGAUAUUUUGUUAACUUAUCCUGGCAUACUGGAGCCGAAUGUGGUUAUUUUUUUAUGCAAUGUAGGCCUACUAAAAACUACAACGUAUGUAUUAACAAACAAAUAUCAUAUUUUAGUGUCUCUAGUAAACUUAUUAGCCAUAUAUUCGGAUAAAGGCCAGAUUGUAAGUACAAACCUUAUGGAAAGUAUUUUAUCUCGUGCGUCUUCAAACGACGAAUUAAAUAGAAUUAACGAUAAUACGCCAGAAUCGGUUUUGGAACCACGUUAUAUUUCUGGACUGCAAAAGCAAGUUGUUCUAGAUGCAAGUAGUAACGCACUUUUACAAACUAGUUCCUCCAUUCUCGAUUCGUCGUCUACCACGAAUCUGAAUCACGAAUCUGAAUUAACGAAAAAUUCGCUGUUACAAAAUCGUCAGACAAAUGAAAAGUACAAAAAUUGUGAGAAGGCCUUUAAGAAUGAUAAAAAUGAUAAAAAUACUGAUGAGAUGUUUGGAUGUUUUAACUAUUCGAUGGAUAUUGAUGACUUGGAUAUGGACGUUUUCUUUACUGUCGACUGCGAAUUUACAACUUUGGAAGAGCAGAAUAGUCACGAUCGUUCACAUUCCCAAAGUAUUUCGCAAACUGAAAAAAGACACUUGAAAAAUACGAAAAAAGAAUCAACGAUAAAUGUUGAAAAGCAGAUAAAGGAGCAACAUUUAUCACAGACUUUACAGAAAUGUAUUACCGAUGUAAAAACUUGCGAUUCACAUACACGUCAUUCACGUAAAAAUGAUUUCUCGUCUUACGAUGAUACGGCAUACAGAGAUUCAAAUUUAAACGUGAAAUCCACAUUGUCAAUGAUAAAACGUAACGUCGAAAAAUCAGAAACACUGGUAAGUUAUUUUGCUGACGAUAGGAUUGACGAGUACGAUUCAGACGAUGAGAUUUUGUCGCAAUUUGACGUAGAUAACAUUUUUGACAAAUCGAAAAAAGACUGCUAAUGAAAGAAGAUGAUGAAGCAGCAGAAGGGUCAAGUCGAUGGCAGAGAGAACGAGAUGUAAAUCGUAAAUGUAACCGGUCUUUCAUCACUCGCGACAACGUUUUUCUCUGCCUUACCUUACGUCCACGACAAACUUGAGUUACUCGCGUUUCGCGUUCUUUGCCAUCAGCCUAUCUCUGCAAAUAUGCUUAUGUGAUGCGUCACGCGAGACUGGGUUUAGAUGGCAAUACUAAUCACUAGUGUAACUAUUGUGUAAAAGAUAGAUCUUGACAUUACUAUACAUGAAGCGAGUGAUGCACACUAAAGAUAAAAUGAUUCUUAUUAAAAUAGAAUGUAUUAUAAUACACGUAUUUGUACUUGUCUAGAGUUGUUGAAGAUAAAGCUGUUUACAAGAUUGUAUUGUGAGCUUAUCUCUUA